GAGGCGGCAGGCAGGGGCCGCCCGCGCUGAGACGGGCCGGCAGCGCGUGCCCAGGCCGGCAUGGGAGAUCGGGCGCUGCGGGGAGCCGGCGCGAGCAGAAAGGAGCAUUGGAAACUACUGGGCAAUCUGAAGACCACUGUAGAAGGAUUGGUGUCCAGCAACAACCCGAACGUCUGGUCUAAAUAUGGCGGCUUGAAGCGGCUGUGCAGGGAUAUGCACAGCAUCCUCUAUCACGGGCUUAUCCACGAUAAGGUAUACUGCAGGAAGAAGGAUUACUGGCAGUUUGUGAAAGACAUCCCCCGACUGAGCCCGCGCUCUGCUCAUCACGUGGAGAAGUUCAUCAGCCUGCACGAGAAUGGCCAGCCAAGUGCAGAUGGCGUAGGUGAUCAAGCCAUAGCGGAGCUGUGGCUACAGCACAGUCUGCAGUUCCACUGCCUCUCCACGCAGCUGAAGCCACUGCUUAAGAACAGACAGUACAUCAGGAAAUUCUACACAGAUGCUGCAUUCCUGCUCAGUGACGCCCACGUCACAGCCAUGUUACAGUGCCUGGAGGCCGUAGAGCAGAACAACCCCAGACUUCUGGCUCAGAUUGACACGUCCAUGUUUCUCAGAAGGAGCGAGGCGCCACUGCCUGUGACGAAGAGUCAAAGCCUGACAGCCCUCCCUGGUUCUGUAUGUAUCCCUCCUAUGGACUAUACACAGCACAGGUACUUUGGAUCCUUCUCCAGUCUGCACCAACCAGCCUCCACCAGCAUGUCAGACAGGAAACCAGCAAGCUCCUCCGUGAGCAGCAGCACGAGCCAGCCUCUGGAAGAUGCCCUGUACAACGUAUCCCUCUUGCUGCCUGAGAACAGAUCCGUUCUGGGCCAACCUGGCCUCCCCCGGCUCAGUGCUUCCUCCCCCAGAGAUGACUCCUGUUCAGUCAGCGAGAUGAGCACCAGCACCGUGACCAGCCAGAGCGAGGACCCCUGGGCGGGUAGCCAGGAUGACACCCAGAGUGAUGCCAAUGACGGGCCGGAGUAUCUGGCCAUUGGGAACCUGGGGCGGCGGGGCCGGGCCUGUAGCAGCCAGAGCAGUGCCAGCAGUAGCACCAGCACCAGCAACAAGAGCAGCAGUUCCAACCUGUUCUCAUCCAGCAGCUCCCAGAAGCCGGAGUCCAUCUCCUCCUUGGAAGACCAAGGUGCGAGCGGCGGGAGCCGGAGAAUGAGCCUCUUGCGCAGGUCAAGCUUUUCGGAGGGGCAGACAUCAACCCCCCAAGGGAUCCUCAAGAGAAGCCAUGCACGCUCGCACUCCGAUACCAACGUGGCCUCUGGGAAAACUCCUGGAGGUCUCAGGGAUAUCACCAUUAUAAUAGAAGAUCCAGUGGCAGAGUCCCAGGGUGACGCCUUGAGGGUGCCGGGUCAUGUCUCCGGCUCCACCCAGAGCAGCGAAGUGAGCACGCCCAGCUCCUUCUACAUGGAGUACGAUGCUGGCCAGUACCUGAGUUCGGGGGAAGGGAUGUUCCGAAGACCCUCGGAAGGACAGUCCCUGAUCAGUUACCUGUCUGAGCAGGACUUCGGCAGCUGUGCAGACCUGGAGAAGGAAAACGCUCACUUCAGCAUCUCUGAAUCGCUGAUUGCUGCCAUCGAGCUGAUGAAAUGCAAUGUGAUGAACCGGCGGCUGGAGGAGGAGGAAGAGGAGAGUGACAAGGAGAUCCAGGAGCUCAAGCAGAAGAUUCGCAUCCGACGCCAGCAAAUCCGCACUAAACACGUGUUCCCUGCCUAUCGGGAGGUGGGCUCUGACAGCUUUGUGGCUACAGACAGUGAGUCCCAGUUCAGCUCCCGUGACUCCAUGUGGCUGUCUGACUCGGGCUCAGCGGAGGAUGUGGAGGAGUAUGAGAUAAGAGGGCGCCAGCAGGCCCUGCUCUCUUGCCUCUGUGUUGAUACCCUUUCUCUGUGGCUGGGCCGAGCACUGAAGCGAAAUAUUUUGUCAUCACCGUAUUAUGCAGAUGGUAACGAUGGAUCUAACCUGAUUCAAAUGUCCAAGAACGGCCUAUCCCACUCCUUCCUCCAUUCGAACUCAGCGGAGGCCGUGGCCAUGGGCCUGCUGAAGCAGUUUGAAGGGAUGCAGCUCCCAGCCGCUUCUGAACUGGACUGGCUAGUCCCAGAGCAGGAUGCCCCCCAGAAGCUCCUGCCAAUUCCGGACUCUCUGCCCAUCUCGCCCGAUGACGGAGAGCACGCCGACAUCUACAAGCUCCGAAUCCGGGUCCGCGGGAACCUGGAGUGGGCCCCCCCCCGGCCGCAGAUCAUCUUCAACAUUCACACUGCCCCAACGAGGAAGGUGGCUGUAGCCAAGCAGAAUUACCGGUGCGCAGGCUGCGGCAUCCGGACAGACCCCGAUUACAUCAAACGGCUGCGGUACUGCGAGUACCUGGGCAAGUACUUCUGCCAGUGCUGCCACGAGAACACCCAGAUGGUCAUUCCCAGCCGCAUCCUGCGUAAGUGGGACUUCAGCAAGUAUUACGUCAGCAACUUCUCCAGGGACCUGCUGAGCAAGAUCUGGAGUGACCCGCUCUUCAGUGUGCAGGACCUCAACGCCGCUUUGUACCGGAAGGUGAAGGCGCUGAAUCAAGUCAGGCUGUUGAGAAUCCAGCUGUUUCAUUUGAAGAACAUGUUUAAAACCUGCCGACUAGCUAAAGAGCUCCUGGAUUCCUUCGACACAGUGCCAGGUCAUUUGACGGAGGAUCUCCACCUCUACUCCUUAAAUGACCUGAAUGCCACUAAGAAGGGGGAGCUGGUUCCCCGCCUGAUGGAGCUCAUAAAGGCAGGUACCCUGCACGUUGAGAGAUGCAUGCUGUGCCAAGCCAAAGGCUUCAUCUGUGAGUUCUGUCAAAAGGAGGAGGACAUCAUCUUUCCCUUCGAACUGAGCAAGUGCAGGACGUGUGAAGAGUGCAAGGCCUGCUACCACAAGUCCUGCUUCAAAUCGGGCUGCUGCCCCCGGUGCGAGCGCCUGCAUGCCAGGAGAGAGCUGCUGGCCAAGCAGAGUCUGGAGUCCUACAUCUCUGACUAAGAGGAGGAGCUGCCAGAGGCAGUGGCUGCGACAUGAGUGAGGUGACGGAGGAGGAAGAGGAGACGAGCGGAUGUAUGUGUGUGCGUGGCCUUCGUCACCAGAGACUAAACGAGAGAUUAACCUGACUUUCACGUUAAAGGAGCCCGUGGGAGGGCUGAAUCGUGGAGAUCUCGGAGCAGCAUGACGGGAUCUGCUUGGUUUGCUUCAAGAGAGCCGGUUUCUGUGCACUCUACACGGUGGUGUUGGGGCUGGCGGACUCCGGACACUAGUUCUUGCAGUCGUGACCCUGCCGAGGUGGACACGCUGCUGCCUUUGUGCAGGGUCCGGCGGCGAGUCCUGUCUGUGCCACACUCCGAGCGCAAUGAGCAUUCAUAUGCCUGUGUGCCUCCUCCCUGGUCCCUUAGGGAGGAGCAUUCAUAUGC